AUGACUUUUCUGUCUGCAGUAUUGUACUCGUACACCAUGAACCCCACCCUGCGACUGUGCCGAUUCAUUCGACCUUCCACCGUCAGAACCUCCAUGGUCAACACGUCCCAGGUGUCUGGAGGCUCGUCCUCCAUGGCCUACGACGCCUCCACAUCCUUUUCGUCAACUCCACGACUGCUUCCGCCCAACUCCCAGCCCAGGUUUCUCGCAAACAUGUCUACAGGAGACGUCAUGGCGCUGGGACUGGCUUCUCUCAUGACCUGCCGGCCGUCCAUGGUCCAACUGUGCGCAAAGAUAUUGCCCUACGUGCCCAAUUCGGUUGUCAAAAUGGUCGUCUACCGUCUCUACUGUGGAGGAACCAACCACCACGAGGUUCUUCUGACCGCCCAGAAACUUGAGAAACGCGGCCUAGGCGUUAUGAUCAACUACUCGGUGGAGAGAGCCAACUGA